GCUUCCAGAAGCAGAGAUGAGAGCAUCAUCCGCUUUGAGCGCUAAGGCGCAGUGAUUAAAUCUUCACAGAGAAAGUCUCAUUGUUCGUGCAUUUAAAAAAAGCUAACCUCUUUAUUUAUUUACUUUUUUUUUUUACAAUAUUUUUCAACACAAGGAUUUAAAAAGUUUUUAUGUUCUUUUUUCCUGACUUUUCAGUGAAGGGGGGAGUUCGUUCUGCGCACAAGGAAUGUUGGCUGAAGCUUGCGACUGUGUGCGCUGAUACCAAAAUCUCAGACCGGGUGCAGAAUUGAUUAAAACUAGGAAGCUCGGAUCAAAUGGCUGCACUUCUCAAAGCAGAAACGACUAAAUGUUCCACUGACCCGAGGCAAAGGAGGGGAUUUUUAGACUCGGACAGCCUUGUUGCAGCUUGUUUUGCUGUUUUUUUCCUGCCAGGGAAGAUUGGAAAUGCACAUAUCUUGUAGGAAAAAGGAAUAACACUUUUUUCCCCAGUUUUUCCCCCCUUCUUUUCCCCUGCAUUGAUAUUCACUUGGAGAGUGAGAGGGGAGAUGAUUUGGUCAAUACUUCUGCUCUCCAUUCUGAAUGGAGCUCUAUGUCAGCUGCACUACUCCGUGCCAGAAGAGCAAGAGCCUGGCACCGUAGUUGGGAAUAUCGCAGAAGAUCUAGGUUUGGACAUUACCAAACUUUCCGCUCGCCGGUUCCAGACGGUGCCAAGUUCGCGGACACCUUAUCUGGAGGUGAACUUGGAGAACGGCGCUCUGGUUGUGAAAGAGAAAAUAGAUAGGGAAGAAAUCUGCAAGCAGACCAUCCCGUGCUUGCUGCACCUGGAGGUGUUUUUGGAGAAUCCGCUGGAGCUGUUCCGAGUCGAGAUCGAGGUGAUGGAUGUCAACGACAAUCCGCCCAGUUUUCCGGAGCCGGACAUUUUCGUGGAAAUAUCUGAGAGUGCCAUACCCGGGACUCGUUUCCCCGUGGAGAACGCCUUCGACCCCGACGUUGGCACCAACGCGCUCAGCACGUAUGCUAUAACCAACAAUAACUAUUUUUCCCUCGACGUGCAGACGCAGAGCGACGGGACCAAAUUCGCGGAGUUGGUGCUGGAGAAGCCGCUGGACAGAGAGCAGCAGGCGGUCCAUCGCUAUGUGCUGACGGCUGUGGACGGGGGCGUCCCGCAGCGGACCGGAACGGCUUUGUUGGUAGUUAAAGUUCUGGACUCUAAUGACAACGCUCCCACGUUCGAUGAGUCCGUGUACACGAUUAACCUGCGGGAAAACUCACCCGUGGGGACUCUAGUCAUCCAGCUAAACGCCACGGAUGUAGACGAGGGACUAAACGGAGAAAUAAUUUAUUCCUUUAGCAGCCACAAUACCCCACGGAUAAAAGACUUGUUCAACAUCGACGAAAGAACGGGCAGGAUAGAAGUGUCCGGCGAGGUGGACUACGAAGAGAGCAACACGCACCAGAUCAACGUCCAGGCGAAAGAUCUGGGGGCUAACGCCGUCCCUGCGCACUGCAAAGUGCUGGUCAAACUUGUGGACGUGAAUGACAACACACCGGAGAUCAGCUUCAGCACCGUAACUGAGUCUGUGAGCGAGCAGCACGCCCCGGGCACCGUUAUUGCCCUUUUCAGUGUUUCGGACAGAGACUCUGGUGAGAAUGGUCAGAUGAGCUGUGAGAUCAUGGGCGACGUCCCCUUCAAGUUGAAGUCGUCGUUUAAAAAUUACUACACCAUCGUAACGGACGGCUCGCUUGACAGGGAGAACACGGACUCAUACACCAUCACAGUCGUGGCCACAGACAAAGGUCAGCCCUCGCUGGCCACCAGCAAAUCAAUUAAGGUGCACGUCUCUGACGAGAACGACAACGCGCCCCGCUUUACGCAGGCUGUUUAUGAUGUUUAUGUGAAUGAGAACAAUGUGCCUGGCGCUUUCAUUCACGCAGUGACCGCCUUGGACCCCGAUAUAGGACAGAAUUCUUUAAUAACCUACUCCAUAUUGGAGUGUGACAUCCAGGGAAUGUCUGUUGACACUUAUGUCUCCAUAAACCAAGACACCGGCUACCUUUACGCGCUGCGCUCUUUCGAUUAUGAGCAGCUGAAAGAGUUCAGCUUCAUGGUCCAGGCUAAGGACUCAGGUGCUGUCGAGUUGUUCUCCAAUGCCACCGUUAACGUGAUCAUAGUAGACCAAAAUGACAACGCUCCCAGCGUUAUAGCCCCUUUAGGUAAAAACGGCACGGCUAAAGAACACUUGCCGCGUUCGGCGGAGCCUGGAUACCUGGUGACGCGCAUCGUGGCCAUGGACGCAGAUGAUGGCGAAAACGCACGGCUGUCCUACAGCAUCCUGCGGGGUAAUGAGAUGGGAAUGUUUCGCAUGGACUGGAGGACCGGAGAGCUGAGAACAGCGCGCAGGAUCUCCCCCAAGCGGGACCCACAGGGCUUUUACGAUCUGCUGAUAGAGGUGAGGGACCACGGGCAGCCUCCUCUCUCCUCUUCCGCCAGUGUGAGCGUAAUACUAGUGGACAGCGUGGUGGAGGGCCGCAGUGGGGACCGCGGCUCGGCCUCCAAGGCUAAAGAGACUUCUCUUGAUCUCACCCUGAUUCUCAUCAUCGCCCUGGGCUCCGUGUCCUUUAUAUUCCUUCUGGCCAUGAUAGUGCUGGCCGUGCGCUGUCAAAAGGACAAGAAGCUCAAUCUGUACACGUGCCUGCUGGCCGGCGACUGCUGCCUGUGCUGUGGCUCCUGCUGCAGCAGGCAGAGCCGCGGUAGGAAGCAGAAGAAACUGAGUAAAUCCGACAUCAUGCUGGUUCAGAGCACCAACGUGACCACGGGAGUUGGGCCCGUUGGACAGGUGCCAGUGGAGGAGUCUGGGGUGGGGAGCGUGGGAGGCGGGUUUGGCUCCCACCACCACCAAAACCAGAACUCCUAUUGCUACCAGGUGUGCCUGACACCGGAGUCUGCCAAGACGGAUCUGAUGUUCCUUAAGCCGUGCAGCCCCUCCCGCAGCAACGACGCUGAUCACACCAACCCCUGCGGGGCAAUAGUGACCGGCUACAGUGAUCAGCAACCGGACAUUAUAUCUAACGGCAGCAUUCUAUCCAGUGAGACAAAACAUCAACGAGCAGAACUCAGCUAUCUGGUGGACAGACCCAGGCGUGUCAACAGUUCUGCAUUUCAAGAGGCAGACAUUGUCAGUUCUAAAGACAGUGGUCACGGCGACAGUGAACAGGGCGACAGCGACCACGACGCAACAAACCGGGGUCACUCAGCCGGUGCUGACCUGUUCUCCAACUGCACAGAGGAGUGCAAGGCCCUGGGUCACUCUGACCGCUGCUGGAUGCCGUCCUUUGUGCCAUCAGAUGGGCGUCAAGGGCCGGACUACCGCAGCAAUCUGCACGUCCCUGGCAUGGACGCCACGCUACCCGACACUGAGGUACCCUGCUCCGUCAACCUAUCCGACCAACUCACAAUGACCUCCUCCACCGCCUCGUCCAACGAUAGGUCAUUCUCCACCUUUGGCAAGGACGGCCAAAGAUCACAGUCACACCACAGCCUUCAAAAUCACCUCCAUCAGCAACAGCAGCAGUACAGCUCCAGCACGCUAGAGAGGAAAGAGUAUGAUAGGGGGACCCUACCGUACAAACCAACCUUUCUCUGUGAGUAUCAGUAUGAAACCUCACUGGGACCCUACGAUUUUGGUUUGGUCCAGUAUAGAAACUAAAGGAGGGGACUUUGACUAUACCUCUUGAUUCUGAUUUGGACAUUAUAUGCUGAUUAUCAACUUUUAUUUCUUCUGCUUUUGAAGGUGUUCAAGAAUAUGGCUUCAUAUUUUCUUGUAUUUUGUCUAAGUAGAUUUUUUUUGUAAUAUGAUUUUUUUCAAGUGUAAAAUGUAUUAAUUGCAUACCCCCUUUCUUCAAAACCUACAUAAAAUCCUUAACCUAACCUAACCCCUCCAUAACCCUAAAUACUGCCUGUAAUCACAGGACUUAUUUUGAAAUAAAUUAAAAUGAAAUUUGACUCAUGCUAUUCUGCUGUGGCCACUUUUUUUUUCUUUUCUCCAAAUUACCCAUCCCUUUAAAAUCCUUCCUAUCUGAUGCUCAUAUUAGUAAAGGUCAGCAACACUUGCAUGAAUCAUGUGCAAAGCACACACUGACAUACAAGAUCAUCUGAGUAAGUUAGAACAUCAUUAAAAAGGCAAUUUAUUUCAGUAAUUCAAUUCAAAGACUGAAACUCUUGAUAUAUAGAUAUAUUAUACAGAGUAAUAUAUUUCAAGUAUUUAUGUUAAUUUUAAUGAGUAUGGUUUAUAGAUAAUAAAAAUCCUAAAGUUAGUAUCUUAGGAAGUUAAGAUAUACUGCACAUGUCCUGCACAGUAUAGUAUGUAGUAUAUGAUUAUAGUUCCUUUUACAUUAAAUACUGCAUCCUUAAAGCCUGGUGUAGAGGCGAUCGGGCUGUGGCUUUGCUGUGAUAUUAGGGAAGCCCAGGUUGCUUUAAUACCAUCUUGUAUCUCUCAUGUUUCUUUUUACAGUACUUCAAAGAUUCUGAAUGGUUUGUUUGCUGGUCAGUCAUGCAGUGUUACCAUUGUCAUUAAAGCAUUUAUUUGCACUCUUGGCAUUGUAGACAGGCAAUUGAAACCAGUCUCUCCAUAAAACUUGUUAGCAGAUGAAAAUGUGAAGUGCUGGAGAUCGUCUUGGUUGAUGUUUGCACUGAUCUCUAACCAGCUAAGACAUAGCGUACCAUCUCCAACAGAUGACACUGAUAACCAGAUCCUCACUCACUGGGUUCUGGGUCUUAUUACUCUUCCUCUUGUUUCUGGAAACUUUUCUAAAUGUAAAAAAUAAAAAAUAUAUAUAUUUUCACCUUAAAACAAACAAAACGGUUUUUACCACUGUAGCAAGGUUUGUAGCAAGGCCCUGCGGUCAGUGUUUUUUUGUUUGGAGCUCGCAUGUUCUCUCUUUUUGUUGGUAGGUUCUCUCCAUGUGUUCAGACUUCCUCCACAAUCAUGCCUGCUAGGGUACUUGGCUUUUCAAAAUUUUAGACGAGUGGACUUACAACCUGUCCAGGGUAUUCCCUUCUUUUCACCCACUGGAUAGGGGGGGGGGUACCAACCCUUUGACCCAGAAAGAUUAAGCCAGUAUGAAAAAUAAAUGGAUGAAAAGAGAACUUUGAACCAGUGGGUAACAUUUCAAUCCCUUUUUCCCCUCUGAUAAGGUGAAAUCCUUCUGAUGACGUCUGUAGUGUAACACGUAGAAUGCAACAACUGUAGCCCAUAUCCUGGAUAUAAAUAUGUCUGGUUUAUAUAUAAAUAUAUAUACUGUAUAUAUAUAUAUACAUACAGAUCAUCCAGAAAUUUUUAAAUUGUUCCAAAACUUCCCUGUUAUUCGUGCAACUUUUUAAAUUACACUUUUGUCUUCCGCUGACAUGUUUAAAUACAUAACUUUUGAACCUUAUCCUUCAUGUAGAGGAUGUCAGUAGCUGUCUGAAGGAUAAUUAUAGAAACUAGGCCAUAACAAUGUCAGUAUAACAGUAUAGCUCUAUCUUAGGUAAUCUCUGUAAUUAAUGAGUUUCAAGUGUUGGACUGAACUACUGAAAUAAAGUUUUCUGGUUUCUUGAGAUGUACUUUUACUAGCAGUUAAAUACUAGAUGCAAUUUGACUGAACACAAAGGAGAGGAAAAGGACAGAGGAUAUCUAUCUUCACUUUUUCAUCAUAAUUUUUGAGCAUGAGCAUUCUGACUUCCCUACUGAAUAGCUCAAGAGGUGAAGCGCACAGCCCACGCUUCUUCUUCUUUACAAGGAGUAAGUCCGUUUUGCUCUAAAAAGAACCCAAGUGUCUAUACUUGCUUACUUGUGAAUCAAUACCUGACAUAGAGAGGGAUGAUGAGGAAGACUUCAUACCACAAGUUCAAGAUUUUCCAGCUAGAAAAGUCACAGACGCAAUUUCUUUUCAACAAUGUUGGAAAUAAGCAGAAAAUAUAGUGGCUUUACUUUGCCAAGUAACAUUUAUUGAUAUACAUUGGAAUAAAAUUUGGAUUUUCAUUUCCUAAUAAGCUGAAUGGGUUUCAUAAAAGGAAAGAAAAAGGUAGAUGGGCAGAACAUUUCAAGCUGCCUAUUCUUUCAAAGCUCCCACAUUACAUGAAUAUUCUAUUAGCUCUAAGAGUAGAAAAUGGAUUUGAUAUACAGAUUCAGUGGGGAAGUCAUUUCCAGUCAUCUCAACACCAUGUUAACCACCAUCAUCCAUGAUCCUGCAUGCUGGUUGUGGGCUGUCUCUCAGGUAAAUGAUGAGCACAAUAACCUGUUUUGUCGUCUUUUUUGUGAUUUAACAGAGACAAGCAAUUCCUUCACUUUCACAUCAGCUUGUUUAAAAAGUAAUUAGCAUUGAUGCUCUAGUCUUUCUCACUCCGAAUUAAAACUGUCUGUGUGACUGUUCAUGAUGUAUGCUUUUGCAGUGGGAAAAAUUGACUCGUUUCAUUCAUGCUUACCUUAUCUCAUAUCUUUUUAAUCUAGAAUUUUUUUAGUUUUUGAAGGCAAUCUCAAGCAGAAAUUCUAUUAACCACAGUCCUCUUGUUUGCAUUUAAAAAUAGCUGUGAACGCUACUGUGGUAAUCCUUUGAUCAUCAGGAUUCACUUGUAAAAGGUUUAGUAAAUGUUUAAUGACCCAUUUAUUGAUAAUUAAUGAAGCAAUUAGAGCUCUUUGUAUCUGUUACACAUGCAUUAAGCAGCCACACGGUUUUGACAAUUUAUCCUGACUGAUAGACGUGUUUUCACGCCAUUCCCAAAUUAGCUUUACAGUAGUAUAUUGUAAGGACCAGCGAUUAGAGUGUAUUAAUAACUUCACGUAUUCCUUUGUGGUAUGCAUCCUUCUAGAGACAAUAUUUCUAGUUGAUUGUGGCACUAAAAAGCCUGCAGGGAAAAAAAGGGUUUCAUUUGUCUUAACAAGUGUGUGUUCUUUUUCU